AUGGCGUUUGAGCCGGAUUCUACCAUUUCUGCAGGAAAUGAAUUAGAAGAGCAUUUGAAUUAUUUACUCUACUUUCCCGAAAAAAAUGUACCGAAAAGAGAGCAUUUAGUAGAUGGGAACUAUUCGGAGCAAGGGGAACCAUGGGCAAAAAAACUCAAAGCUGAGAAUACGACAGCUUGGCCGUCUGAUCAUGCUGAACACCGUGUUCAAGAAGAAGAUACAGUAGAACAGAAUCAGAAGACUACUUCAGAAGUAUUGAAUGUUUUUUACAAAGAGGGUACUGACGAGCCUUUGCUAUCUGAAGUUGCAUCAAAUCCCUAUAUGACAAAAACUUCUGAAACUAAUUCGCAUACCCAGAAAAUUGAAAAAGCUUUAGCUGACUUGUUAGAAGGAGAAGAUCAAGAGAUUCCUUUGCAACAAGUGGCAAUAAGGUUUGCAUCUCCAAAGUACGAAAAGUACCAUGGUCUUUUCCCUGUAGAAGCUUUAAGGGAACCGGCAGAAUUAUGCGAGCUGCUGAAGAAGGUUUUAGUGAACUCUGUCCAAACUUCCAUGGAGUCGAAACGUCAACCUUUUUUUCAAUUGCGACAAGCCAUCAAUGGCAAUCUUGCUGUAAGUACAAUUCAUACAACUCCUUUGUAUUCUCAAAGUAUUUUGGAUUCCUCACCCGCUUUACUUGAGGAAGCCUCUAUUCUGUCGAACAGCGUGCCAGCUCCAGAGUCAGUGUCUUUAGAAGGUCCUUUCCAAUGGUUUCAAAACAAUGAAAAAAUGAAUUUGAACGAUUUUACUGAGGAAGAAGACGAUGGUUUAAUUGAAAAUCCUCUUGGAGCGCUUGAAGAAGAACCACAUACUUUUGAAGAUCCCAGUGUUAAUACAAAUAUCGAUCCCGAAUAUGGCCCGACUUCUUUUUACGCUGAAGAUGAAAAUUGGAGGAAGAGAUUUUUAGCCGCGUACUCAGGUGAGGAUCAUUUACCUUCUGUGGAAAAUAUGCCUCCUAUUUCUGAUUCGUUACCUCCCCUUUUUGAAUCAUAG